AUGAGAGCCGCACAAUUCCACAUCGACAGUGGCACUGUCAACCUUGGAGACAUACCUAUUCCAGAGCCCGAGGGUGACGAAAUCGUUGUUCGAACUAUCUCAUCCGGCCCUUGUCAUACUGACCUCAUGGUCUUGGAUGGCUCUACACCGAAUAUUCCCAAGGACAUAGUAAUCAUAGCGCACGAAGGUGUUUGCGAAAUUGUCACAAUUGGAAACCAAGACGUCUUCAACGAGAGUGACAUUAAUGGGUUGAUAAAAGCAUUCUAUGCCUAUUAGGAUAUUCCUAGGUGUAAAUGUCAUGAUGGCUGCUGCACAUCCGGAAAACUCCAGAUGCGAGGCUGGGUUGAAGAUGGAUUUCUACCAGAUUCCUGUAUAGUGGAGUACUGCGCAGCCAUGAUGGUACCUAGCGGAAUAACGGCGCAACAGAAGCGGCGCCAUUAUUCUGUGCAGCGAUCACUGCUUACGACGUUGUUCCCCCCCCGGAGCUUCGGAAGAAAGAUUAGCUCGGAGUUAUUAGUCUUGGUCAAAUGGGUACGUUGGAUGUUAAAGCCCUGAAAUUCAGAUUUAUCGAGGUGGGCAUAAAUGAUGAAGUCCUCGAGCGUGCGAAAGAAGGAGGAGCGGAUUACAUAAUUAACCGCCAAUUGAAUCCAGACUUGCUCGGCCAGUUCACCAGUUAGCCUCUGGAGGAGUGCACGCCCUAGCAGUUAUCACU